AUGGUGCGUGAGCGCGUCAACUCCAUCCGACCUGGGAUAACCGGAGGAAGCCCUCACCCCAUAGACGGAACAAUCACUUUUCCACCAGUAGACCCCACACGGAUAUUACGUCCGCACCGCGACGCCCUCAUUCUAUCCUUAGGGAUAGACAAAUUCGAUGUAAGACGCAUCUUAGUUGACCCAGGCAGCUCAGCUGACCUGGUACAAGCAUCAGUCGUAAGCCACAUGGGACAUAAUUUAGUCGGUCUCGAAAACCCUGGGAGAAUCAUGUCCGGAUUCAACGGGGCAUCAACUAUUUCCUUAGGAGAUAUUGUGCUACCAGUUCAAGCUGGCCCAGUCACUCUCAACGUCCAAUUUUCAGUGGUACAAGAUUUGUCACCCUUCAAUAUUAUCUUGGGGCGCACAUGA